CAGCAACAAUAUUGCAAUUACACAUUACAUCACAUUGCUCUCUCUUUCUCUCUCUCUUUCAGUAUCUUUGCUUCGUCCUUUCCUUUCUCUUGAUUCUUACGCUUUCUCUCUCUCCUCUCCUCUCCUCUCCUCCCCUCUCCUCUUUUCCUUCUUCUUAUUCCUCCUGCUCCUAACAGAUAUCUCUCUCUGCCAUUUUUCCUCUCUAUACCCAAAUCAGAAACCAACCAAUAAGAUGGCAACGCAGGAAACAGCUCCUGCCUCUCCUCCUAGUGCUCAAGUUGUUGGAAAUGCCUUCGUGGAGCAGUAUUACCAUAUUUUGCACCAAUCCCCUGGACUGGUGCAUAAAUUUUAUCAGGAUUCAAGUUUGCUUAGCCGUCCGGAUGCUGAUGGCACUAUGACAACGGUGACUACCAUGCAAGCUAUCAAUGAUAAGAUUCUUUCAUUGAAUUAUGAAGACUACACAGCUGAAAUAAAAACUGCAGAUGCGCAGGAGUCUUAUGAGAAAGGGGUCAUUGUUCUUGUAACAGGCUGCUUAACUGGAAAGGACAAUGUGAAAAAGAAAUUCUCUCAAACAUUUUUCCUUGCUCCACAGGACAAAGGCUACUUUGUGUUGAAUGAUGUAUUUAGGUUUGUUGGAGAGGAUGAAUCGUUGGCAAAUGAUUUCUUGACUAACGGUGUCAAUGAAAAUGCCAUGCCUACAACCUCGACAACACAGACUGGUUGGGGUGAUAUUGUAGAAGGAGGUUGGCAUGAUAUUGUAGAAGGAGAUCCCCAUGAAGUUACUAAUCAUCUUACAGUGGAUCCUACUACUCCCUCUGAGGAGGAGGAUCUCAAUAAUGGUGCUGAAGUUUGUGAUCCUUCUGAUAAGGAGGAAGGAUCUGUGAUUGAUGUAGAGGUUGUUGAACAACAAACUGAUUCAAUCCAUAAUGAAAUUCUCACAAGUGUCGAUGCAGCUCCUGCUGCCCUUGAGGAUGCUCCCAAGAAAUCAUAUGCAUCAAUUUUGAAAGUAAUGAAAGGUACAACGCCUAGUUCAGACUACACAGCUACCACUCAUGCAAAGGCAGCUCCUGCAAACUUUCAGAAACCAUUGCCGAACUCUAUAAAACCUGCUUAUGCACCAGAGGCUGUUGCUCCCUCUAGUGGUGGUGCUCCUGAAAGUAGCGAUGUUCACGAAGAAGCUGAAGGUUACUCCAUAUAUGUGCGGAAUUUACCAUUUAAUGCAACAACCGCACAACUUGACGAGAUCUUUAAAAAAUUUGGCCCAAUUAAGCAUGGUGGCAUCCAAGUUAGAAGCAAUAAGCAAGGAUUCUGUUUUGGCUUUGUGGAAUUUGAAACAUUGAGUUCCAUGCAAAGUGCACUUGAGGCUUCACCUAUCAAUGUUGGGGAUCGUCAAGCAAUUGUCGAGGAAAAGAAAACAAAUACCCGAGUUAGCAGCAGUGGGAGAGGGAGGUACCCCUCAGGAAGAGGCGGCUUUCGGAGUGACAGUUUCAAGAACCGUGGGAACUUUGGUGGUCGAGGUUAUGGCAGGAAUGAAUUCAGAAACCAGGGUGAAUUUUCAGGGCGACCCAAGGGUUCAGGUCGCAAUGGAGACGACUACCAGCGGGUGAAUCAGAAUGGAAGUAGAAGGGGAGGUCGUCAAGGUGGGGUAAAAGGUAGUUCAGUUUCUACUUGACAUAGACGAAAAGUUCAUAGAUGAUUUUUUGACAGUACAAAAUGAGGGGCAUCAAGACACUAGAAGUUCAGGUUUUCCAUUUUCUUAUUUGCAACUUUACACAAGAACAUUAUUGUUAAUCCUUGUUUUCGGUACUCAGCUUUUUUUUUUUU